CCAACUUUAGUUCGUCCAUUUUCCAAAACAGUGUUUUGUUUUAAUUCCAUUUCCUCGCGGUUUUUUCAUUUCUUUAAGAAUGUCGCUUACGGAUUGCUUUGAACUAAAUAAAACAAAGCUCUUCGAGAAGAUCCGCGAUGGGCUGCCCAUCGUGCAGAAGACGCAGAAUCUGCUGGACUGCAAGGACGACAUGCUCUUCGCCUGGGACGAAAAAGAGUGCUGUUUGCUGGUGCGCAAUUGGCGGACACCGCUGACGGAGACGACCGGUGCCAAGCGUGCCGGUGUUCAGUACCAGACCCUGAUUCCUUCCAACACUAUAAACCUGGACGUGGACCGGGUGCUGGUUUCCAACGAGGGCUCCCUGGUGGCCCUCAGUGGCGAGCAUGGCGUUUGUAUCCUGGAGCUGCCGCGACGCUGUGGCCAGGAUGGUUACUAUAAUGAUGGAAAGGAGCGAAUCAUUUGCCGCAGCUUCAGCCUUGAUAGUCAGCUUUUUCUCAACAACCUGAAGCUAAAGGUGUGUCAAGUGCGCUGGCACCCGUACUCUGUCUCAGAUUCAACUCUACUCGUCUUGUUUAAUAACAACACUAUUCGGGUGUACAAUCACUCCAAGCUUCGCUACGUGUGGAAAGUGGGUCCCUCAAUUGUACGUGUCGGUGGCAACAGCUCCCUCACAGAUUUUGGCGAAGUGGCUGUAGACUUCGAUAUAGCACCUGCUGCCAAACCCAAGGAGCCUGAGCCUCUGGAGGAAAAAAGCCAUACCUUGAAUCAAAGCAACAAAAGCUUGCAGAACAAAACGAGCGCCGUAAAGCCGGAAAAGAUUGAGUGGCCUGUGAUUGUGCUGCGUGAAAAUGGUAACAUUUACGUCCUCAUGACUAGUGUAGAUUCGGAAUUGGUCCGCCUGCAGGGUCCCAUAACUAUUACACCUCAGGUCCAAGAUAACUACGGCCUGGAAUCCUGUGCCCUUAUGGUUAUUCCGUCUUUACCCCCAACCAUUGUUAUAGCCGAAUCUAAUGGAAAAAUUCAUCAUGCUCUACUUAUGGAUGCGGAAGCUUCCGAGCACUCCUUCAGCGAGGUAGAUGAUUUCGUUCUUAUAGAACCUUCCCAAUACGUUAUUCACGUUCUGGAAACUGUUAAGCUUGAGCUUGGAUUGGCGGCACCGUCCCAGAAAGGUGCCGUAAACCCUUUAUAUCUGAAGAGGGAUCUGAUCAACGAGCUUCGCUACUUUGCCUACCAUGAUGCCGGUCUCCACGUAGUGUCCGUAAGCUUCAUAGCGGAGUUGCAACGCUACUUGGAGAGCGAAUCCGAAGAGGAUUGCUUGGAAUUGACUGCCUCUUCCACAGCCGAGUACAUCUUGUGCACCAAAUUCGAGUCCAGUGAUCGUGUGAACCCAGUCUUCGGAUUAGCCCUGCUUCAAAUGCCAGCCGGUGUAGUCCUUCUGCUUGGCAGUGGACAGGUGAUAAGCCUAAAGUUAGUUAUUGAUGCAAAGCUGCUGAUGACGCCCAGUGAGAGCAAAGCCAUCACCUUGGAUUCAGAUUUACAGGACUGCGGAACAACAUUCGUGGAUACCAUCAAAUCGCUUCUACAGCGCAGUGUAAAUCAACCCAUUCUGGCGGAUAAACUUGCCGCUCCAUCCGCCCACGAAAGCUAUGAGCUGCUCAACCAAGCCAUCGAGGUGCUGAGGGAGCAGUAUUUGAAAAGACACGACUUGGUUAGGGCUGCCUUUGCCCGUCAUAUCAAUCAGAUUCAACUAAAAAGGGACCAGCAGCUGCAAGAGAUUCAGGAUCUGGAGCAGGAACGCGAGCUGAUCAGCGAACGGGCGCACAAGCUGGCCGAGAGAUUUGAGGAGAUUAGCGACAACCAGGAAGUGCUCGUUCGUAAAUGCCACGCCCUUAUGCAGAAGGCCAACGUCUCUCUGCCCAGCAACAUCGUAGCUGAACGGGAUUUCACUACGGAAGUGAAUCGCCUCAAUAUUGUCACCCAGAACCUAGCCACUGGUCUGCAGAAUGCCAAGAACACGUUAAACAAACAGCGAUAUCACAUCGCCAAAAGCCAGGAUGAUCUCAAGCGAAACGCCUUCGAGCUGCCGGAGAAGCAGCAUCGCACCAUAACUGAGAUCCUCACACAGCUCACAAGCGAGAUCGACCGACAGAUCACCGACGUCAAGCGCAUCAAUAAAAUCGUCGGCGCUUAAAAGCUUUGGAAAUUCUAUGGUUUAAUUAAAUGUAUAAUCUAGCAGGAGCUCGAAAGAGGAAUUGUAUUAAUAAUAAACAUGUUGUCGAUUAAGUUUUA